AUGAUUAUCGAAAACAUGACAGACGAUUGGUUCGAGGGCAUCCUCAAGGCAACAGUGGACAAAACCGCGACCGUGGUUUCAGUCGAAAUCAAGCCCGGGCUGGAAAUUGGCGAAAAUUACGGCAGCUCGACUUUCCGCAUAAGAAUCCAUUAUAAAACAGAGACAGAUGACGGAACCGGUGGAGAAAAAGUGCUCCACGCCUUUGCCAAAUUGCCGCCAACGGUCGAGUCUCAUCGAGCAUUCCUGGAUUCGCACGACAUUUUCGAAAGAGAAGCGAUCGUCUACAACCAGCUGUUGCCGGAAAUUUACAAGAAUAGCGUGGCGAAAAACGUUCCGAGUCCUAAAGUUUAUUUUGCGAGUGGCAAAGAAGAAACGCAAAUAAUCUUGAUGGAAGAUCUGGUCGCCCGGGACUUUGCACUGGGAAACAGGAGAACGGGAUUCGAUUUGGAGGAAACCAAAUGUGUUCUCGAAGCCUUUGCCAGCUUCCACGCCCAUUCGUUCGCACUGCGAGAACGAAGUGAUUUGUCUCUGGAAGACUUCAAGGAGCAGUUUGGCACACUGGGCACCUACGACAUGCUGACCAGUCCUUCCGUUUUGGCAUUAUUCUGCGACAGAGCCAGUGGCCAGCGAUUGUUGAAUGCCCUAAAGGCACAUCUGGGCGGCACAACGGAGGAAAAUGACGAACUCAUUCGCCGUGUCGAGGAAUACAUGAAAACAGACAUGAGAGAACGCAUCGUAAGCCUAAUGAAACCGACGAAAUUUUCGUGUUUCGUUCUCGGAGAUUGUUGGGUCAACAACAUGAUGAUCAGAUACGAGGAAAUCGACGGAGUGAAGGUACCGAGAGAAGCCUGCUUGCUUGAUUUCCAGAUCACCCGAUUUGCAAGACCGAUGAUGGAUUUGGCAUAUUUUUGGUACACAAGUACAUGCCGCGAAGUGUUCAACAAUUUUGACGCCGUUUUCGAGUUUUACUACGAAGAAUUUGUCAAGUGGCUGAAGUUACUCGGAUCACAAAUGGGACAAACGUUGACUCUGUCUGAGCUUUUAGAAGAGUUUGAAGCAGUGGAAGAAAUGGGAUUCAACAUGUCUCUAUUCGGAUUAGCGGUGCUUAUGAUCAGUCGGGAAGAUUUCGGCGAAGAUUAUGGCCAGGGAGGGUUUGCAGAGGAUUUUCCGAGGCUGGUGGAGAAUGUAUUAAAUGGCAGUAACGGUAAAAAGGUGAUUGAUCGGUUUGUGGAUCACGCGAAACGAGCCAUGAAACAAAAUAUCUUGUAAUAAAAAUGGCGGGCAUUGAAUGUUCUUGAAAUACAGUAUACUAUAUACACUGCUUACAGAAUUCAGAAAAAAAA